GAAUUACAAAUUAUAGCAACUUUGGCAGGCAACAUGAUGGAUGCCAAUUAAGCAAAUGAAACAAAGGAAACGAAUGGCGGCCAUUGACCAAGAGUGUUCGAUCCAGGUUGUCCUAAAAAAAGGUCUGCAGUUGCCGAAAACAUCUAUGGACGGUGUUGUUCGUGGACAUUUAGCAAUGGACUGGAACGGGUGGCUGUUAGUAAAAGAUAAACAAAGAGUUUCCUACUUCAAUACUUAAGUUAGUUGCUCGAUUACAUUUGGUAAAUUGCGGUUAACAAUGUUCCCUAUAUAAUCAAAUCAGCCUAUUCCUGCACAUACAGUGAUCUGGAUCAUCCUCCUUUUUAACAUAUGUUUAUCAAAAUCCCCCCCACCCAUGUCUUGAAAUAGAAGAACUCAACAGCUCAUUGGACUUGGACCUCCCCUUUCUCCUUUCCUUCCUUCGAAAAUUGACAGUUAUCACAAAGUUCAGGUGUUCACCAACAAAAGAGAUGUCGCGUUUUUGGAUUGCGCUUAUUCUAUAUGGCUUGGCAGCCAUUCACAACCAUAUUGGCACAGCAGUAGCAGACUUUGAUGGUUUAGGUGUUUGCUAUGGAACGUUAGGAACCGACAUCCCCGACCCAAGAACUACAGUUCAAGUCUGCCAUAGCUAUGGUUUCAAGAAAAUCAGACUUUUCAAACCUGAUCUUAAGAUGAUGGAUGCUCUAAUCAACCAAAAUAUUGCAGUGAGUAUUGGCAUUGGAAAUGAUGAAUUACCAAAUAUUGGAACUGCUCUGAGCAGUGCGGAAAAAUGGUAUUCCACGAAUGUGAAGCCCUACAUUUCUAAAAUCGCCAUUGAAUAUAUCGUCGUCGGAAACGAGGCCAUUCCAGGUCCCUACGCCAAGUGGGUUGCAUCUGCAGUGAGAAACUUGAAGCAAGUGCUCUUGCAGUCAGACCAAGAUAGCAUAAAGGUGACCACGGCGGUUUCGACGUCGGUUUUGGGAGCAACAAUUCCACCUUCAAAGGGUAUAUUUAAGGCUGAGACGAGACAGAUGAUGGUAGAAGUGAUCCAAAGCAUAUCCGAGGGUAGGUCUGUACCAGUACUUAUGGUGCAUGCCUAUCCAUAUCGUUACCAUGCAGCAGGUCUCAUUCGACAAGAUUUCGCGACAUUCUCUGGACACAAACCUUAUUAUCACGACAACGGCAAAAAUUAUUGGAACAUGCUGGACGUGUUGGUGGAUGCUUUUUAUUCUGCAAUAGCGAAAGAGAUUAGGGGUGGAAAUCAAUUGCGUUUAAUUGUGGGUGCGAGUGGUUGGCCUUCUGCUGGGAAUAGAAGAUUCACGACUCCCGCACUUGCAGCCAUUUACAAUCAGAAUUUUAUGAGACGAGUAGUCAGGCGACAGGGGACUCCGGCUCAACCAGAAAAAUUCGUUGAUGGUUUUAUUUAUGCAUUGUUCAAUGAAAAUAAAAAACCAGGGGAUCCUGCUGACCAACAUUUUGGGCUUCUCAAUACCGACAAAACACCUGUUUAUCAUUUUGUAGUUCCUCAAUCUCCUAUGUUUCCUCCUAUUAUUAAAUCUAAUCCUGAAUCCUAGGACGGAUGCGAAGAUGUAUAUAACAACUUGAAAUAUGUAUUCAAAUGAAAUGCGAACUCUAGGAAGAUCCUAUAGAAUUCCAAGGGAUUUUGAUGCUAUUCAUGAAAGCAGCUUAUAACGCAUUCAGAGUGCUACUUUUUGCUUGUUUUUAUAUGCUUUGUAAAUUGUAAUCAAGCUUCCAUCUAAUAAAUUGUUCCUCAUUUUUUUU